UGAAAUUUUCAGGGCCAGAAUUUUUCGGUCCGGAAAUAUACGGGCUGAGGGCCAAACUUGCAACCCCUACAUGUCACACACUCACACUUCCCUGAGGUACCCAGUAAAGGAACCUGAGAAAAAGAACAAUUUUUCUUCGUUCCCUGAUCCCUUCUCCGUUCUCUAUAUCAGUUGAGAACCUGGGCAGUGCAAAUCGCAGCUUGCAAGAGGAGUUCAAGCUUCAGUCGCCGGACGUUUAGAGGUAUAUCUAAACAAGAUGGGGAUCAUAGAAAAAAUAAAAGAAAUUGAAGCCGAAAUGGCCCGGACACAGAAAAAUAAAGCCACAGAGUAUCAUCUUGGACAGCUAAAGGCAAAGAUAGCAAAGUUAAGGACACAGUUGUUGGAGCCUCCAAAAGGUUCUAGUGGAGCUGGAGAGGGUUUUGAAGUUACAAAAUUUGGCCACGGACGUGUUGCACUAAUUGGAUUUCCAAGUGUGGGGAAGUCAACACUUUUAACUCAGUUAACGGGGACACAUUCUGAAGCUGCAUCCUAUGAGUUCACAACUCUUACGUGUAUUCCUGGUAUUAUCCAUUACAAUGACACUAAAAUUCAACUUCUUGACCUCCCUGGAAUCAUUGAAGGUGCUUCAGAAGGCAAGGGACGUGGCAGGCAGGUUAUUGCGGUGUCUAAAUCAUCAGACAUUGUGUUGAUGGUUCUUGAUGGUUCUAAAAUAUACUUCAAGAAGAAAAAGACGGGGGGCAUUUCUUUCAACAGCACAAUACCUUUGACUCAUGUGGAUGAGAAACUUUGUUACCAAAUUCUUCAUGAAUACAAGAUACACAACGCAGAGGUGUUAUUCCGUGAGGAUGCUACAGUGGAUGAUCUCAUAGAUGUAAUUGAGGGAAACCGUAAGUACAUGAAAUGUAUAUAUGUCUACAACAAGAUUGAUGUCGUUGGUAUUGAUGAUGUUGACAGACUAGCCCGUCAGCCAAAUUCCAUUGUCAUCAGUUGCAACCUGAGGCUGAAUUUGGACAGACUAUUAGCGAAGAUGUGGGAGGCAAUGGGGCUUGUAAGAGUUUACACAAAGCCACAGGGGCAGCAACCUGAUUUUGCAGACCCUGUAGUUCUUUCUUUUGACAGGGGUGGCUGUACAGUAGAAGACUUCUGUAACCACAUACACAGAAAUCUGGUGAAGGAGGUGAAAUAUGUGCUUGUAUGGGGCACUAGUGCAAGGCACUAUCCACAGCAUUGUGGUCUUGCUCAUGUUCUCCAUGAUGAGGAUGUGGUUCAAAUUGUAAAGAAAAAGGAGAAGGAAGAGGGAGGGAGAGGUCGGUUUAAGUCACAUUCAAAUGCUCCUGCUCGAAUAUCUGACAGAGAAAAGAAGGCUCCAUUGAAGACAUGAUCACGACAUACCUGGUCUAUGAACUUCGGUUUGAAACCUUCUUUUGUGCGAGUUACCUUGAAUAGUGAUAAGCGGCUAGAAGCAUUAAUUAUUCAAGGGAACAGUAAUGCUAACAUGGUACCUGUACGUGCGGUGCAUUGUUAGGUUCUCUCUCAGGAUGAGCAAUGGUCUAAGGUGACAAAGUUCAUAUUUAUUUGUGGUUAUUUAAGGUGAAAUUUUGGAAAAUUAGUGUUUUGCUGGGUUCACAAAGUUUCUUUACAGUUAGAUUGGGUACUCAUUUGGACGAAUGAUUCCAGAACAGCUUAUUAGAGUGGUAAAAAUAUCUGCCACAUGGCAGAUCAGAUGGGGCCUAUAUUUUGUGAUUGGAUAGAUUUGUAAUGUCAUAUAAACACUUAAUUUUGCAAUGCAACAAAUGAGACUGUUCGGCA